AUGGAAGGCCGUAUACCACCUAAAAUCCAGAGUUAUGGAAUAAAAUACUGUCCACAUUAUGAACUACAACCUGACUGUGAUCCAAAUAUUACUCAAAGAAAAUUAGGAUUUGGUCCUGAAGUUGAUGGAAAUGUCCAGGCAGUGAGAGGAGAAGAUAUAGUUAAUUUCUCUGACAGAGCGAUCAUUUUAGGAGAAUCAUUGCCUGACCAUCGAAAGGAAGUCAAAACUGAUCUCAAUGGAGAAACACAGACUGAAGAAGACAAAAAUUCUGAUGAGUUAAGUUUUAGACCAUUCAUUGGUUAUCAUGCUAAACUAGUGAGAUAUGAAAUAUAUCUUGACUUUAUAAAGAUAGAAGCUAACAAUACUUUGAAAAAUACUCACCCUAAGAAAUUGCCUCAAAGGAUACGAAAAGAGAAGAAUGAUAAAAAUGAUGAAAUUAAUAUUCAAAAUAUGAAUGAUAAUCAAAAUUCAUCAGGUGCUGAUACGGCUGCUCCAGAACUAAUGUAUGGUCCCUCAUUACCAACCAAACCAAUUUUCAUUUAG